GGCCCAGAAAGCGGAGGCCCAAAGCGAAUAGAGUGCUGGCCAUGGGUGAGGGGUUGGUUUGGUUGUAGGGGCAGAAGGAGGGCACGCUGGGAGCCACUGGCGGGCCGACUCGUUGCUGCAAUAAUGGCCAAGCAGAUGGGUAAAGAUCCUGGCCUGAAGGAAAAGGUGAAAAUGCUAUUGGGAUUGGUGCCUGCACGAGUUAAAACCAAGCCUUCAGAGUGGAAACAUCCGGAAUAUGUCAUUACUGCAGAUUUAAUGAAGGAGCUGAGCUCUGAGUCUGCUCUCCACGUUCGCAUCCGUGCAAUUAUUCAGGUCUGUGAGCUUGCAAAGACGAAAAAAUUUGAAGAGCAUGCAGUAGAAGCAAUCUGCCAAUCAGUUGGUGACUUGAUACAGCCCGAACAGCCAGUAGAAGCUCGACAUCACGUUCUGCAGUUACUAAAGGCCAUUAUUGUGGGGCAGGGUGAAAGACUUGGCGUCCUUCGUGCCCAUUUCUUCCGAGUCAUAAAAGAGUAUCCUAUGAAUGAGGACCUUGCAGAGCGACUGGAGGUUUUUAAAGCUCUCACCGACAAUGGGCGAGAAAUUGCUUACUUAGAAGAAGAGCUCGCUGUCUUCGUCCUCCAGUGGAUGGAAAUUGGUUUGACUCCGGAUUUCCUGCAUGUUUUAGUUAACCUGGUUAAGUUCAAUAGCUGUUACUUGGAACACUUUAUUGCUCCUAUGGUGCAGAUGAUAUGCCUCCUCUGUAAUCGCACGACAUCUCCUUACGAUAUUGAGGUUUCCUUGAAGGUUCUGGAUGCAGUGGUCUGCUAUAACUGCCUUCCAUCAGAGAGCAUUCCUAUAUUUGUUAUGACCCUGUGCCGCACAAUAAAUGUUAAGGAGCUGUGUGAACCAUGCUGGAAGCUGAUGCGAAACCUUCUGGGCACCCAUCUUGGGCACAGCGCCAUUUACACUAUGAGUCGUAUAAUGGAGGAUAGAGCCCACAUGGAAGAUGCCCCUUUGCUAAGAGGAGCUGUGUUCUUUGUUGGGAUGGGUCUCUGGGGAGCUCACAGACUCUUCUGUCUGAAGAACUCCCCGAUAUCUGUUCUCCCAUCUUUCCUGAAGGCUAUGAACUGUAACAAUGCCGUUGUCUCCUAUGAGAUUGUCCUCUCUGUCACUCGGCUAAUCAAGAAGUACGGCAAGGAUGUGCAGGCUGCCACGUGGGACGUUCUCCUUGAUAUCAUCGAGCGAUUAUUCCAGCAGCUUCAGGUGCUGCGGAGUCAGGAAUUAAAGGCUGCGGUGCACAAUCUCAUGACCACCACAGAGGAGCUUUAUAACCAGAACGGAUUCCAUGGAGAUGAAGAGAGAUUUUUCGAGCUGGUUGAAAAAGGGGCAGAUGAAAGACCUUUUGCAUCAGUUGUGAACCUUAUCACCUACAGAGCUCAGUCCAUUCACCCUGGGAAGGAAGGGUGGAUUAUGAAUCUACAGAAACUGAUGGAUAGAUAUUUCAGGAGCGAGUCUCGCAGUGUUGUACGCAUGAAAAUCUUAGAUGUUCUGUCCUUUGCGUUGAGCAUCAAUCGCCAGUUUUACGAGGAUGAGUUGAUCGAGAAGGUAGUUACUUGCCAGCUAGCCCAUAUACCCGAGGAUAAGGACCACCAGGUGCGCAAACUCGCAACACAGCUCCUUGUGGACCUGGCUGAAUGCUGUCACUCCUGCCACUUCAAUAGUCUCAUGGAUAUCAUUGAGAAGGUGGUGAACCGUUCCUUGUCCACACCAGAGUCAGGUCAUGAUUCUUCUUCUUUGGAAGAUGUGAAAACCUCUGUUCUGGGGCUGAUGGUUAUUCUACAGACCAAGCUAUACAUUCUGCCAGCCAGCCAUGCCAUGCGUGUGUACGAGAUGCUGAUUAAUCAUAUCCAGCUUCACUACAAAUACAAUUACAGCUCACCCAUUGCUACCAGUAUACGCCUCCAGGUUUUUGACUUCCUCCUACACCUCCGAGCUGACUCUUUGCGGCGUGUUGGGCUACCUAACAAAGAUGGCGCCUUCAGAUUCAGUCCCUAUUGUCUUUGUGAAUCUGUAAAUGAACAAGAGAAGAGAGCAGCUGAACGCAAGCCAGCAGGCACCUUGUCACCCCCCUCUGGUAGCCCCAGUGUCCCAUCACAGACUGUCACUCCACGCAUGGGAUUCUUGCCAUUCUCACUAGCAUUUGGGGUUAUCCUGCAGUGCCUAAAGCAGGAAACUGACUGGAAAGUCCUGAAACUAGUCCUCAACAAGCUGCCAGAGUGUCUGCGUUACAAACUGCUCAUUCUGUCAUCUCCCUGCAAUAUAGAUCAACUGGCUGGCUCUCUCUGUGCUAUGCUUACAGACAAGACUGCAAGUGAUCGCCUUUACAUUACUCCCGAUGGCUUCUCUCGUACUGACCUUCAGCUGGCAGUGGUUCCUGUACUGACAGCCUUAACCUCAUACCACCAACACCUAGAGCUCUCUAAACAGAGGGAAAUGGUAAGGUGUCUGGAAACAGGCCUGAUCUUUCGCUGCGGCAAGCAGUGCGUUGUGGCCCUUUCCAUGUGUGUGAUCGAGAUGCCAAGCAUUCUGAUAAAAUCCCUCCCGGUCCUUAUCGUGAAGCUAACCCAUAUCUCGGCCACUGUCACCAUGGCCAUACCAAUGCUGGAGUUUCUUUCAACUUUGGUCCGCCUGCCCCACUUAUAUGCAAACUUUGCCGCAGAGCAGUAUGCCAGUGUGUUUGCCAUCUCCCUUCCCUACACCAACCCAUCAAAGUUUAAUCAAUACAUUGUAUUCCUUGCACACCAUGUCAUUGCCAUGUGGUUCAUCCGGUGCAGACUAUCCCUACGGAGAGACUUUGUGCCAUAUAUAACAAAGGGUUUGCGAUCCAAUGUCCUGCUGAGCUUUGAUGACACACCGGAGAAGGGCAGCUUUAGAGCUCGCAGCACCAGCUUGAACGAGAGACCCAAAAGCUUGAAGCUAUCUAAACACACAAAGCCUGGCUUCAGUGACACGUCCCCAGUUAAGGAGAUGAGAGAUCUCUCCAAUGCCUUCCGCUCUCGCAGCAUCAGCGUGUCGGAGCAUGCUGCGUACAGCCGUAUGCAGACUUCUGUCACCAGCUCCAGCUUGAGUUCAGCUGAUGAGAGCUCUAUGGCCCAGGCUGAUGACAGCCUGAAAAACCUUCACCUGGAAUUGACCGAAAUCUGCCUGGAUAUGAUGGCACGAUACGCCUUUGCCAACUUCACAGCCGUGCCCAAAAGGUCGCCUGUAGGUGAGUUCCUGCUGGAUGGCGGAAGAACGAAGACCUGGCUAGUUGGGAACAAGCUGGUUACCAUUACAACAAGUGUGGGCAUGGGGACACGUUCUCUUCUUGGCCUGGAUACAGGAGGGGAGAACCAUGGUGACACUGAGAACAGCUCCCCCGUGCAAACAGAGCAAGUCAAGGAGUUUCCGUCCAUGCUCGAUCUUCAGCAAAGAAAGCCGGGUAUGCAAACGCCCCGUCACAGAGUCCGCUCCAUGUCUGGAGGGACUACACUGAGAGCUGGAUCACUAGAGGGGACUCCUCUUUCGGCCAGUAUGGGGCAGCCGGGGGCCACUCCAGUGACCAGAGCAGAGAAACCUUCCCGUAGGACACAGAUGAAGAAAGAAAAGACCACCCUGGCUGACUUUGUUCCCGUGCUGACACAAGGCUGGGCAGAGGUAUUGGUUCGCAGACCCACAGGUAACACCAGCUGGUUGAUGAGCCUGGAAAAUCCUCUGAGUCCCUUCUCUUCUGACAUAAACAACAUGCCGCUGCAGGAGCUUUCUAAUGCCCUAAUGGCAGCCGAGAGGCUCAAGGAGCAUCGGGAGACAGCGCUCUACAAAUCUCUCUCUGUGCCAGCCUCAACUUUAUCACCCUCAACAACCAAGUGUACCCUUCUACAGCGGGCAAACACAGUGGCCUCUGUGUCUCUCGUAACCCAGUCCAGUGGUCAAGGAAAGCUGCUUAGGAGCAUUUCCUGGGCAGAAUCUUGUGCUGUGCCAGAGGAAGGGGCGCAAGCUGAUGGGGAAGCAGAGGAAGUGUCCACUCCCGGGGGCUCUCAAGAGCUGGAAGAUUUUGAGGCUGUGGUUAGCGAAGACACCACUAGUGAAGAGAAGAGUGCUAAGAAGAUGGAGUGCAUUAGCAGGUCUUCAUCCACAUCCAGUCAGGAAGAGUCUGCUGCUACCCAAACGGAGGAAUCCGAGGCUGGUGGAAUACCCAUUGAGGGCUCCACUCGGGAGGUCCCAUUUCAGACUUUGAGCAAGUCCAGCUCAUCUCCUGAACUUCAGACCUUGCAGGAGCUUCCUAAAGAGUUGGGCCCUACAGAAGAUAUAAAGAAGCCUUCUGCAGACUUCAAAACACUACCCCAUGUAGAAAACCCUUUAAGCCACAGAACUAAAUCUGAAGAGGAACGCAGUGCUGGGGCAUUAGCCAAACCAGAAGGCGAAAUGCGACUUGAACCAGAGUUGCCUGUUCUGUCCCCACAAUCUCCAACUGGGCACCGCCCAAGGGGUCACACUAUCUCUGAUUCUGAGCCGUCCCGCAGAGGCAGGAGAUUUCAGGUUGAUCCUUUUAAGAACAGCACCAAAUCCACCAAAGCUGAGAAAGUGCCUGGAAUAGAUCCAAGCUUUGUAUUUUUGCAGCUGUACCAUUCCCCAUUCUUUGGUGAUGAGUCCAAUAAGCCUAUACUGGUCCCUAACACACAGACGUUUGAGAGAACAAUGGGCCUCCUAGAUCGAAUCCCGCCCUAUGACACCCACAAAAUUGGUGUUCUUUAUGUUGGAGAGGGGCAGGUUGGCAACGAGCGCGCAAUCCUAUCCAAUGAGCAUGGCUCGUACCGCUACACACAGUUCCUCACGGGGCUUGGGAAGCUCAUCGAGCUGAAAGACACUCAGCCAGACAAGAUCUUCCUGGGAGGGUUGGACGGUUGUGGAGAUGACGGGCAGUUCACCUACUGCUGGCAUGAUGAUAUUAUGCAAGUCAUUUUUCAGAUCACCACCCUGAUGCCAAACAAAGAGAUAGAUCCGAACCGCUGCAACAAGAAAAGGCACGUGGGCAACAACUUUGUCAAUAUCAUCUACAACGACUCGGGCGAGUUCUACAAGUUGGGCACCCUCAAGGGUCAGUUCAACUUUGUAGAUGUCAACAUUCAGCCUUUGGACUGCGAGAGCAACCUGGUGACACUGCAAUGCCGAAAAGAUAUGGAAGGCCUUGUAGAUACCAGCGUGGCAAAAAUUGUGUCUGACAAAAACCUACCCUUCCUGGCCCGCCAGAUGGCUCUACAUUCAAAUAUGGCUUCACAAGUCCAUCACAGCAGGUCCAACCCCACAGAUAUUUACCCUUCUAAAUGGAUUGCCAGGCUGCGACACAUAAAGAAGAUGAGACCAAAGAUACAAGAGGAGUUGCAGGAGCUGAGUGCCAACAUGCCCUACCAGGUCCCUACUAUGGCCAACAAGCCCCCUUCACAAAACCCACAGACUCCCCCCGGCGCAUUUGAAACCGGCCAAAGGACAAGGCUCAUUUCUGCUGUGGACGAUUUCACGGAGUUUGCUUGAUGCACUUCAACUUGUGCCCAUGGAUACGGGCUUCUGAUUUGAUGGUACAGGCACAGCCCUAUAACCACCCUCCAAACUAGGACCAUGGCUGUGAAGGGAGGGAGGAACGCCCAUCAUGAACUGCCAUUGAUUAUUAACAAUGAACUUUUCCGACCUUGUGAGGACACCCUAAAAAAAACUAAAUUAUUUUCAAUAUUGGAUUAAAAUCCUAAUUUAUUUAUGCUCUCAUCGGAAAACAAAGAGGAUCUCUAGAGACCCACAAUGAGUUUUCACGUUUUUUUUUCUUCUUAACAAUAAACUGAACUCAAGAA